AUGUGCUCCGAGAUCUUGGUCAACUUGGUCAGAAACGCCCGGGCCAUCUGGGGGCUCCAGACGAUGCUGCCGCCACCGCCGCCGCCACCGCCACUGCCGCCGCUACCGCCGCCGCUGCCCCCAUCAGUCCGGAACCAUUUCAAGAGCUCGUCCAGUGAAUGCGCCCUUCGGAGCGCCUCAAACUGCCGCAUGGUCAAGGAGCGGCUAGAAAUGCUGGAUCGCAAAGUUCAGGAGGCAACAACGGCAGCAUCAUCUAUUGCUGCCUCGGCAUCAUCAGCAGCGGCCGCAGCGAACUCCGCCGCUACGUCAGCAGCGGCGGCGGCGUCAGCUGCCGCCGCCACCGCCGCCGUCCCAAACCGUCCGGCGCAUUGCAGCGGCGCUCUCAUCAAGACCUCCUCUUUUGAGUUCUCCCACAACACGAUUCGCUUCUCCAGGGAGGGCAGUACCGGAGCCUUUGGCAGCGGUAGCUUGAUGCCACAGCCCGGGGCCCCGGCGGGCGCCAGCCCUCUCGGCCGCCGCGGCCACCACGGUCUCAGCCAAGGCCCUGCCAACACCGGCAUGAAUGCCAGCACCGGCGGUGGCGGCGGAGGCGGAUCGGAGGGCGAGGGUCUGGCGGUUUCGUUGGGUAGCCCCCGGCGCGGUCGCUUCCUGCGUCCGUCCACCUCGGAGGAGUCCGAGGAGUCGGCUGGGGCUGUGUCCGACGUUGGGGGCGGACCCAUGGGUCGCUUGGCGGGCAGGCCUGGCGGCAGCAGCAGUGGCGGCGGCGGCGCGGGCGCUGCUUUCGUGGCGUCGCCGACACGUGGCGUCCGGCGCGCCGGGGCGGUGCUGCUUCAGCAGCAGCAGCUGGGAGUGUUUGACAGCAUGCAGGACGCCAUGCCGUCCCUUACCACGAUGCCGGAAAGCCUGCCAUCACUAGACUCCGCAGCCGCCGCAGCGGCAGCCGCAGCAGGCGGCGGCGGCGGCGGCGGAUCCUCCGCUGCGUCCCAGCAUUGGGUAUUUCAAAAUGUCUCCUCCGUGGGUAACGGCCCCGGCCUCUCCCACAGCCAAAGCGCGGGGCAUGGCCAGGGCCAGGGCCUCCAUCAUCACCACCAUCAUCAUCUAUUUCAUAGCCAUAGCCAAGGUCACAGCCACAGCCACAGCCAUGGACAUGGACAUGGGCCUCACCAUGGCCACAGCAACAGCAUGGGCAGCAGCAGCGGCACCAGAGGCCCGGCCUCACACACGAGGAACUCGCAUCAUGGCUCCGCUGGCGGUGCCUUUGGCAGCGUCGCGAUGCUCUUCCCGACGCUGCGCCACGGCGCCAGCGCAGACGACCUGCCCGGCGGGGCGUUAGCGGCGGCGACGGCGCCGUCGUCGCCGCCGCCGCCGCCAGGGCCGUUGUCGCCGCGAUACCCAACCGCCAGCGGCAGCUCGACGCCGUACGCGGGUGUCACUGGCGGCGGCGGCGGACACCUGCUGGGGCUUGACGUUGCGAGGAUGUCCAUCAGCGUCGGCGGCGGCGCCGCCGCCGGCGCUACCGGCGGCGGUGCGGCGCCCUCCCUGGCGCGCGACAGCUUGCGUUCCGCCGUCAUGUCGGAGCCGGAUACGGAACGAGUGGAGGCCGCCAGCAUCAAGCACUUUAAGGGCAUCUCUCCUCGCUUGGUGGAGAUCUACCGCCAGCGCGCCGAGCAAUCCCACUGGUCGCUGCAGAGCGAAUCGCUGCAGCAGCUGCGCACGGCGAGCCGACGUGGCAGCACCGACAUCCUACAGCGACCCACGGGUCUGUCGCGGCCGCCGCUGCCGCCGACGCCGACAGGCGGGGGGACCAACAGCGGCGGUGGCGGCGCUUCGCGCAUCUCCUUGCUGCACGGAGGCACCAACAGCAGCGGCGGCGGUGGCGGCGGCGGCGGUGGCGGCAAGCCGCGUGAACUAUGCACUCACGGAGGCGGUGGCGGUGGCGACGAGGGCGCUGGUUGGGUGCUGUUGGACCCCAACUACGACCACCCUCCUAUGAUCGGCGAUGAUGAUGAGUACUACAAGCCCAUGACGCUGUUGGAGCGGCUCAAGCUCUACCUGGUGGGCCUUAUUCGCCCCGAGGGCCGUACCAAGUGGGACCUGUUCAUCCUGGUGUUGCUGGCCUGGGUGCUGUUCGGCUCGCCCGUCGUAAUUUGUUUCGGAUUGUCGGGCGACACGUUGGGUGGGGACUGGGUGCGGAUUGUGGAGCUGUGUGUGGACCUGGCCUUCACCUUCGACAUCUACCUCAACUUCAGGACCGCCUACUACGACAGCAAGGGCCACCUGGUCACGGAGCGAUGGCGUAUUGCCCGACACUACCUCAAGACCUGGUUUCUGCUGGACCUUAUUUGCAUCAUACCCUACGACCUCAUCACAGCCGGCACCAUGGGGUUCCUGUCAAUGCUCAAGCUGCUCCGAGUGGUGCGAGUGGGCAAGGUCAUUCGCAUGAUCCGAAUGUACCGCCUGUUGCGGGUCAUUCGGCUGCCCAGGCUACUAGAGCAAAUGGAGAUGUUCAUCGACCGGGGGGUGCUGCAGGUCAUGGCGUUCAUACUGUCCGUGUGCCUCCUCGCGCACCUCUCUGCGUGUAUCUUCUUCUACAUGGCCUACCUGGACGGCUUGGGACCGCAAACCUGGGUGGCUGCAUACGGAGUGCAGGACGCGGACCUGGCCACCAAGUACCUGACCUCCCUGUACUGGGCCUUCACCACCACCGCCACUGUGGGGUACGGAGACAUCACACCGAAGACCGACAAGGAAAAGGUCAUCGCUAUCUUCGUGAUGUGUUUGGGUGUGUCAUUGGUUGGCUACGUCACCUCCUCCAUCACCAAUAUCAUGGCCAUCAAGAACGCCCAGCAAACAAACAUCGCAGCAAAGAAACAGCUGGUCAUGGAUGUGCUCAAGUCCAGGUCGGUGCCUUCGGAGCUCAGCCGCCGCGUGUACAACUACUUCGACUACGUGUCGACUCCCCGGUCUUCUCCUGGACUAUCCGUGUAUCUCACUGGUAUUCGCUCCGUUCGUAAGAUGAUCAAGCGGGAGGAGGCCACUCUUCUGGCGGAGCUGCCCUUCAAGCUGCGAGCCCGCCUGCUCACCGCCUUCCACACCGACACGCUGUCCCGCAUACCCGGCAUAGCCCGCCUGCCUCCGCAUGUGAUGAUCGAGCUGGUGACGCAGCUGAAGCCGCAUUACUUCGUCGAGGGUGAUAUCGUGGCUAUGCAGGGGGAUUACGUGGACGGGUUAUACAUCGUGUCGGAGGGCCUCCUGGAGGUCCGCACGUACAUGUUUCCCGCUGACGUGGAGCCCUGGCGUAUCUUUGAGGCCGUACACAAGGACGAGCUGCGGUACAUGCCGUACUCUGCCGAGGGCCGUCUCAAGCCGCGCUACUUCUUCGGCCAGGCGGGUGUACGGCACGGCGGCGUGUGGCCGGCCACGGUCAUCGCCCGGAAUUGCUGCGAGCUCUACUCCCUGGAUAAGGAGGGACUGGAACACAUGAUGGCCGUACAGCCGGAGCUACAGGACAUGCUGGGAAUACCCCGGGCGGCCGUACCGGGUACGGAGGAUGUGCUGUUGCCGUGUAGGGGCCUUAUGCAGUCCAUGUUGAGGUCCAUGGGUCAUAUGAUUACCGGGGGCUUGGCACGAGCCUCCGCCGCGCACUAUCCCAGCAUGUACGGCACGACCGGCUCGCCUUCGGCGUCCUCACCCGUCGGUGGCGGCGGCGGCGGCGGCGGCCGACGGGCCCGUGGUAUGCUGUCGGGGUUGAUGGUCUGGCGGAGGGGUAAUGGCGGCGGCGGCGGCGGUGGUGGUGGUGGUGGUAAGGGUGGAGGUGGUGGUGGUGUACGAGACGCGGCGGCGGUGGAUUCCGGUGCAGAGCCGGCGGCGGCGGCGGCGGCGGCGGCACCAGCUGCGGAGACGAAGUUCAGCAGGUUCCGGCCUUUCGGUCGCCGCAGUGGCCCUCGUAACGCCUCCGUGGUGCAGCUGCUGCCCUCGGAGACAUCCAGCUUGCUGCCGGGGGUGGGGCGGGGGGCGGGGCCGGGGGGGGAGAGGUCGGACACCGUGAACGGCGGCUUCGGCGUGUGA